AAGGAAAACAAGGACGCUAGUUAACGUUGCUCGUAAGUUGGAAGAGGUGUGGUUUUGGUGAGGGUAUGGAGCACCCUGCACACAGAGGAGAGACGAUGCCCAUCGGACUGCAUGACAGAUCCCUCGUGGAGGACGACGACGCUCACAUGAAAGUGGCACUGGGGUAUGGUGAUAUGGGCAUUUCUGCUCACCUCCAGGCGUCAAAGACGGGGAACACUCGCUUCUUCACGAGCAACACACACAGCUCAGUGGUCCUUCAGGGAUUUGAUCAGCUAAGGAUAGAGGGGUUACUGUGUGAUGUCACGCUGGUAGCUGGCGAUGGAGACGAAGCUUUCCCUGUGCACCGUGCCAUGAUGGCCUCUUCGUCUGACUAUUUCAAAGCCAUGUUCACAGGUGGAAUGAAAGAACAGGAUUUAAUGUGCAUUAAGCUUCAUGGUGUUAACCGAAUAGGCCUGAAGAAGAUCAUUGACUUUAUCUACACAGCCAAGUUGUCACUCAACAUGGAGAACCUUCAGGACACACUGGAGGCAGCCAGCUUCCUUCAAAUCCUCCCUGUUCUGGACUUCUGCAAGGUCUUUCUCAUAUCUGGGGUUUCUCUUGACAACUGUGUUGAGGUGGGACGCAUUGCCAACACAUAUAACCUCACAGAGGUAGACAAAUAUGUCAACAAUUUCAUCCUCAAGAACUUUCCUUCGCUGCUUGGUACGGGGGAGUUUGUCAAGCUGCCAUUUGAGCGGCUGGCUUUUGUGCUCUCCAGCAACAGCUUGAAGCACUGCAGUGAGCUGGACCUUUUUAAAGCUGCCUGCCGCUGGCUACGCUAUGAGGAGGGCCGUAUGGAUUAUGCCCCCAAACUCAUGAAAAACAUCCGCUUUCCCCUUAUGACCCCGCAAGAGCUCAUCAAUCACGUGCAGACAGUGGACUUUAUGCGCACGGAUAACACCUGUGUCAACCUCCUUCUGGAGGCCAGCAACUACCAAAUGAUGCCCUACAUGCAGCCAGUUAUGCAGUCAGAGCGAACAGCCAUCCGCUCAGACAGCGCCCAUCUGGUCACUCUGGGCGGGGUCCUGCGCCAGCAGUUAGUCGUUAGCAAGGAGCUACGUUUGUUUGACGAGAAGGCCCAUGAGUGGAAGGCACUGGCGCCAAUGGAUGCACCUCGCUACCAACAUGGCAUCGCAGUCAUCGGGAACUUCCUCUAUGUGGUGGGCGGUCAGAGCAACUACGACACCAAAGGCAAGACUGCAGUGGACACGGUGUUCCGUUAUGACCCUCGCUAUAACAAGUGGAUGCAGGUGGCGUGCCUUAAUGAGAAACGUACCUUCUUCCACCUCAGUGCACUGAAGGGACACCUCUAUGCUGUAGGCGGACGCAACGCUGCUGGGGAGCUUGCAACUGUGGAGUGCUACAACCCCAGGACAAACGAAUGGACGUACGUCGCCAAAAUGAAUGAGCCACAUUACGGCCAUGCAGGAACAGUCUAUGGUGGUUAUAUGUAUAUUUCAGGAGGAAUCACUCAUGACACCUUUCAGAAGGAGCUGAUGUGCUUCGACCCGGAUGCAGACAAAUGGACUCAGAAAGCACCAAUGACGACAGUGCGGGGCCUACACUGUAUGUGCACAGUGGGUGACCGUCUCUAUGUCAUCGGGGGCAAUCACUUCCGGGGCACCAGUGACUAUGAUGAUGUACUGAGCUGUGAAUACUACUCCCCUGCACUUGACCUGUGGACACCUAUUGCUGCUAUGUUGCGGGGCCAGAGCGAUGUGGGUGUGGCCGUGUUUGAGAACAAGAUUUAUGUGGUGGGCGGCUACUCGUGGAACAACCGAUGCAUGGUGGAAAUAGUACAGAAGUAUGACCCGGAGAAAGACGAGUGGCACAAAGUGUUUGACUUGCCCGAGUCGCUGGGUGGAAUUCGAGCAUGCACGCUCACAGUCUUUCCCCCUGAGGACAUCACAGGCUCGCCCUCCAGAGAGUCGCCCCUCUCAGCACCUUGAGGAGCAAAUGCUGGGGGUGGGGGUCCACCUUACUUAUACUUUUGUGCCCCUACCCCCAACACACACACACACACACCCCAUGGACAUUGUUUGCACUUCCUCUUUGGACUACAUCUGUACUGCAUCCCUAAAUACCCCCAACUCUUCCUCCCCUAAAGCUGUGCAGAACCCCUGCCCCCACCCAAGCGACUGAAUCCACAUACCGAUAUGGUUUGGCAACCUAAUUACUUGUUACUGUUGCAUAUUCGGUAUAUUUUGGCAGGAAAUACCUUGACUUGAAAAGUGACUUUGCAAAUCAACUUUUCUACCUGAUGUCUACAAAGUUUUGUUAUGUCUCAAUUCUUUAGACAUUCUUCUACCUUGUUGAGAUCCAUUACAUUGACUACAACACUGACCCUCUCUCUGUUCUGGCCCAUGCCAGGUUAGGUGCUGGUGACCCCAGAGAGCAGAAGCGUAGGGACGGAUGAGCUGUAAACACAGUUUGUUUUUAACUCAGGGGUUGGCCCAUGCCCCAUCUAUCUCUCUCACAGUUUCAGUUCUUUCCUUUUGUUGGUAUGAAACUGUUAACAAAACGGUAUUUUCUAAAUUUAAUAAACAAGGUUU